AUGGCCGCACCUGACGUACUCGCUGUCGCUCAACAGUGCAUGGAUCCCGUACAAAUGUCAGGUGAUGCCGAUGAGCCGGCCUGUCCCUUCUGUGGUCAGAUUUCCUACAGUCUCACCGCCCUCGAAGAGCACGUUGGAGACAAUCACAAUACACCCACCGUGCAACUGCAGGUCCUCGCCAACGGUUCACGGUCCCUGCUUGCCUUUGCUGAGCUCGGCAAUGUGGCCCAUCCUGCGUCCGGUCAGCCGCCCCAUGCCGCAGAUCUAGGGUUCAGGAACUUUGCUAUCGAUCCUGCCCUAUUGAUGUCAUCUGAGGCUGUCGGUGGACCUGCCUUUGAAGCGUCCGGCUCUUCUUGCUCUGGCAGGGUACCCGCCUCACGCGCUAGCUCUGGGAGUAUUCUCAGGCACCACACGAACACAUUCCCUCCUGAGCAACCACUUCAGUCUCAGUUCGCCAUCGCUAACCCUGCGUUGACGCCGGGAGGGAAUAUAGCAGUGAAAGCGCCAAAAGCGGACUUGCGUGAGCCGCGCAACGACGUCUGUUGUCUGGCCUUUGAAAAUGACGAUCGCAAUGGCUCGGGUCAUGGACAAGGUGAGGGCGAGGGCGAUGGGGGAAGGAAAUGCAAGGGGGACGUUGAAAGGCGAAGACGUAGGAAGGGCGAGGGCGUGUUCGUUAAAAUGGAAUUGGAUCUGUGCUCGGACGUGAACAAAGGAAAGGGCAGGGAGACUGGAGAGGGAGAAGGAGAGAAACUGGUACAGGGUCAGGAAGAGAGGAAGGGACUGCAACUACGGCACGAGAAGAGAGAGAGCGAUGGAGAGGGGAAGUGGGAGGGGGAGGGAGAGGGAGAGGGAGAGGGAGAGAACAUGAACGUCGACGUGGAGACAGCUGAUAAGCGUGUGGGUGUUGCUGAAGGUGAGGGCCACCAAUAUAGUCUUGAUGAGCCCUACCUAGGCGUUGAAAUUAAUGGGCUUCUAUACAUCGCCCGCGGCGUCUGCCAGGUCACUUACCCGCCCCCUCGCGAAAAGCACCGCUGUCCUCGCAAUGGCUGCCACAAGACCUUCCGACAAGGUCACGGGCUUGCCUAUCACCUUUUACACGCAAGGCAUGACGACGAAGAGCGCAACUGGUACAGCUGCACCUGCGAGAAAUCGUACACAACUCUCAGGACCCUCAAACGUCAUAUGCAGGCCACGCCAUCUUUCCACGCCGUUGAAGCAAAUUUCGCCGUAGUCGAAGGGCGUCAUCCUUUGUUGACUGCCUCUUGGCUCAGAAAGGUCGAGAAAAAGCUGCUGACGGACGCUUCAGAACAAUGGCUGAGGCAGUUUUUUAUCCGGCGUCCUUUGUGA